AUGGGGGUCGACCCAUUGUCUCCGAUUGCGCCAGUGCGCUUGAGGGCGCUUCUACUACCAAUUGGACGGAUUAAGCGAUCCCGCUUCCUGAGCUUCGCAGCUAGACUUCAAGCUGAGAAUGUCGUGCGGUUAGGAGACAUUAGUCCCGAUGCUCGACCAAACCGAAACAUGUUUUCCCCGCUUGCAUUUCCUACAGGGUUGAUCCUAUACGACCUGUCCUUCUCGGUUCCCCCCACGUCGCACCUCGAGCUAUUCCCCUUUGAGAUAUACAGAGAACCCUUGGUGAUCAUUGCAAUUGCAGAUGGUACAGAGCUUUCCCAGGAUUCUGGAUCGAAGAAGCAGCAUCCCACCCCAGAGGGGCUCGAUCAACUAUUGGAGGAGCUAGAAGGAAUGAAAGAAAGGAGCCCACGUGCGCUAGUUAAUCAGCUCCUGGUCUUCGACUAUGAUGGCGUGGAGAAACUUACGAAUGGACCGGAUAAUGUACUUUGGGUGCCUCUUCCCGAGGCAUCGAAAGCUACCACGAUGAAAACGGUCUUGUGUGACAUAACAUCAGUCUUGCUGUCGGAGCUGGACGAGUUCGCAAAAACAAUUCAAGCCAUCCCAACCAUUGAAUCACCUCGAACAUCCUCAUGGGGACCAUCUCGCAAUCCAGAGUUACGUCCCCGACCGGUCGACCGACUGCUACAUCGGAUGACCCUACCUGCCCAAAUGCCAUCGAACCCUAACGGUGCACCAGACACCCCAUUAUCCGAUCCUGGUGUACAAACCCUCAACUCUGAAACUGCUACGACAUUUGACGAGAUUACUCGCUCGAUUCAAAUUCAUCGCACGCAGUCUGGCAGCAAGAGCCCCUCGGUAGCGUCCGCCAAGGAGCAUAGUCGUGAGCGAAUGUCAGUUAGCGGAGUGAGCGCGACAGAUAGAACGAAGAACCGUAUCAAGGGACGGGCUGGGGUCGUCAUUGGGACUCUUUUCCUGCAGGCAGGAAGAUGGCAUGAUGCCCUAAAGGAGUUGGUUGAAGCGACGAACAACGCACGCGCAGGUAGCGACUACAUCUGGCAUGGGAAAGCGCUGGAGUCCAUUCUUCUUUGUCUUGUAAUGCUUGGAUGGGCAGGUAUGGAUUUCCAGAUCCCCUCGGUUCUCUACCCUGUUGCCGACAAGUCUUCAAAGUCGCAUCGGGAUUCGCUUUCUACUCCCACAGCUGGCAAUCGCAUUAUAUCCCUUCAAAAUCUUGCGAACCUACUGCCCGAUCUUUCGAAUACCAUUCUGAACCUAUACAAUCGAGCCGCGAAUAUUACAGACGAACCUCUGCCACAACUGGUUUUCUCCGAAACAGUCAUUCGAUUAUCAAGACUCUUGGUAUCUGCUCGUGUACGCGAUGGCUCGCUGGAUGACAACGCCUUAAAACAUAUCGUCAUGAAUGAGCCUCUUGUCCCUAUACUUCAACCUGAGCUUCCACGAGGCACAGUCCUGCUUCGCAAAUCUGAGCUUGCAAACUUUCUGUACCGAGCUCUACCGCUCGCCCCUAGUGCCGACUUGCCUGCCACUGAUGUGGUCCCCAUUGUCGUGGGCGUGGUGUCUGUUCUGAAUGCCCUUGAUUUGCCUCGAAAGAAAGCUUUCAUCAUGCGCGAGCUUCUUACUGUGAUGGUACCUAGCCUGGUACAGGCGCGGAAAAUUGGCGCUGCUGAGGUGGGCAUUCAUCCAGCUGCGGGAUUAGCAUCUCUUAGCGAUACCGCCUUUGAUGUGAACGCCCUUGAUAUUGGUCCAGGAAAUAUGGAGAAGAGUGUGCGGCUCCUUCUUGCUAGCAUAGGCGAGAUAUAUGGAGUCCAGCCCUCGGCGUUCUAUGAAUGGGAGAAGCGAAAGAGCCAAUCAUCCGCAGUUGGUGAAUCAGAAGAAUGUCCUGAUUAUGAAUCAGUUGCUGGCAUUGCAGAGCGAUCUUUUCGACAUGUGGUUCUUGAUAGAUAUGGUGAUCUCAAUCUGAAGAUUGAUGUUCUCAAGGCAUGCAUCAACUGCUGCGAAGCCUUGCCCGACUUUGAAGGUGUACUUCGUUUCACAGUUGAGCUUUUGCAGACCAUUAGAGGUGAUCUUAUGCUAGGAGAGACAAACCAGAUGCCCCCGUAUCUCCCCCGAGAAGAGCAGGUUCGCCUCUUGAACAACAUCAAACGCACCGUUGGCGCUGCAAACAGGCUUGGUGCUUCUCAGAUGGCAGCAGAGUACUGGGACGACUUUCUCGUGCGUGACGUAGAGCUAUUAGCACUACCAGAUCCAAGAAGACCUGUCCGACGGUCGAAAUCCGAGUUGCAUGCCGUCACUGGUGGAUCUGAAAAAUCGAAAAAGGAUCCGUUCCUAUACAAUGCCUUUGCGAAACCCAGCAGCAAAGCCCUAGAGGUGCUUAGUGUCACGGAUGAGCCUGCUUCGUUCCGGGUCACUCUCCAGAAUCCCUACGAGUUCGAGGUCGAGAUCGAGCACUUGCGACUAGAGAGCACGGGCGUGGACUUUGACGGUGUGACAGAAAAUGUCAUUCUUCCUCCAUUUUCCCUGCAAGAUAUUAUCGUCCUGGGCACCGCUCGCGAAGAAGGAAAUCUUACCAUCACAGGUUGUAUUGCUAAAGUGCGCAAUUGUCGAAUGCGCAGGUUCCCCAUAUUCAAGAAUUUCUGGAAGCCUGAACCUGAUGUCAAGUUCAAACGGACAGGAUUGGCGUCGAAGAAGCCCCUCUCAGAGCGACCAGUAUCCUGGGCUUCAGAAAUCUCGAAAAAUGGAAAAACAUCAGUUAAAAAGGGCCCCGAGGCGGAAACAUGUCAGGUUAAGGUCAUCGGCAAACAGCCAUCACUUUUGAUCGAAUCAAUGUCGCUCUCGCAGUCGGCAUUGAUGAUCCUAGAAGGGGAGAUCAAGUCAUUUACCAUCACCCUUCAAAACACAUCGUCGUGCCCCGUGGACUUUGUUUUGUUUACCUUCCAGGAUUCUACCACCAGGCAACUCCAAUCAGCUCUCAAGAACAGAGAUCUCUUGCCAGUCGAAAUCUAUGAGUUGGAACUGAAGUUGACAACCCAGCCGGCUCUACGAUGGCGCCGUGAGGGUCCCAACUCGGAAGACUGCUCUAUUCUAGCCGGUCAGAAGGCUACCUUUACGGUUGAUGUGCUGGGCAAGCCUGGUCUACAGGAUACCACCAUUCAAAUCGACUAUUCGUUCAUCGGGGCCAAACAGGCGGAUCUUCCUGAUAUCUUUUAUACCAGGCAAUUGUUUGUACCGCUAACGGUUACGGUAAAUGCCAGUGUAGAAGUUGCUCGUUGUGAUAUCUUGCCCUUCAGUGGCGAUUUUGCCUGGCGGAAUCACCUCGAACCUCCUUCUGACUCGGUUCAACAAUCAAACUCACCGUUAUCUGCCAGCGAUCAUGAUCCAUUCUCCCAGGUUCUCGCCCGUCUCGGCAAUGGAGUCUACGGUCCAGAUCAUUGUGUUGUCUUGCUUGACCUCCGAAAUGCAUGGCCAAGUCCUGUGACUGUGUUCUUGCGAGUUGGCGAGCACUCCGCAUUGUCAAAGGACAAUCAUACUGGUCAGUAUGCUGUUGAUGGACAUCUUCAGCCUGGCCAAACCUCCAGAUUCGUCCUCGUUCUCCCGCGUGUCUAUCUAGACAACCCGCACGCAUCUAUUCCCGUCGUCAACACAGGUACUAGACGGCAAUUUGUGGUCAGCGCCAACAAGUUAUCAUUUGAAGCGGAGGCAGCCUCUCGUGAAGCUUUCUGGUUCCGGGAGGAGCUACUGAAAAGGAUGCACGGAAGCUGGAAGGAAGCCUCAACAGGGCGUGAGGGAACCAUCGAUCUUCGGAACAUCCGCCUCAAUGCACGCAUGGUGGAAGCCAUGCGACUUGAGGAUGUCGAUAUAAAGUUUUCCGUCUCCUCGCCCUCCGCAGAUCCUUCCAAUCCUGAACCUUCUCAAAAGGUCACUCAAACAGGGCGCUCACGUUUCCGAGCCGAAGCCGACGAUCUCCUCACUCUGUUUGUUACCAUCCGCAAUCGGUCUUCACGUCCUAUUCACCCACUUCUCCGCCUUCAGCCCAGCUUGCGACACCAACCGAAUAACAUCGCUUUGGAUCUCACCCGCCGCCUCGCAUGGACUGGAAUGCUCCAACAAUCCCUUCCCAUACUACCAAGCGGCGAGUCUACCCAAGCCUCCAUCGGAGUGACGGUUCUCAGCCGUGGUGAAUACGAGUUUGGCGCCAGUGUGGAGGAAGCCCGCAUUCUGUGGCCCUCCAAUUCUCAUGACAAAAUAAACAACAACUCUAAUGCUCAUGAUGAUGUCGUCAUGGACACAUUCGGUGCAGAUGUUGUGAGAAAACGCCGCAUCUGGCAUGCGAUGGAGACUUGUGUCAUUCAUGCCAACUAUUAA